AUGGACACAUUUCUUGGAUAUGAUUACUCAUGGGCUGGCUUCAUCGAUUAUAGCAAAUGCUAUAAAGAAGUAAAUGUAAUAUGGCUUGCUGUUGGCCUUUGCGUAUUUGUAGGAACAAUAAUUUCUGUUAUACCACAACUGUAUAAUUAUGUAAAAUUACGAUCAAAUUACGGAGUAAAUCCUAUAGCGGUGUUUAUGAUAAAUUUUAGUCAAUGGGUGCAGACAAUGAAUUAUUUCUGCCUUCAUGCCGCUGACUUUACCGGCCUCACUACUGCGUCAUUCCAAGUAUGGCUCCCAAGAUUAGUUUCGUUUUUAAAUAUAUUCUCAUUAUGGUAUAUUUAUCUCGGAAAUACGUUCUUAAAUCUUAUUUUUUUCGAUAAAGAGCCUCAUCCAAAUAGACGUAUCGAAUCUAUAAGAGUGGCUCGAAUAACUAAUGUAUUUUUCAUGGUAUUACUUCAUGUCCUUUCAUUUUUGGCAAUAUUAAUUUUUUACUGUAUUGGCGCGCCAAAAGGUUUUGCAUCAAAGCCUCAGUUCUACUACGGCUCGAUUUUAGGCACAAUGGGUGGCGUGAUUACUGUAAUUCAAUACAUACCUCAGAUAAUCACAACAUGUAAAGUUCAAGGGCCUGGAUCAUUGUCAUUAAUACUACUUUGUAUUCAAGCUCCUGGUGGUCUUACAUCUGCGGCUUUCUUGAUUUUUGGUACAAGAGAAAACUGGACAACUUGGUUCCCAACUCUCAUGGGUGCUCUACAACAAUGCGUUCUUAUUGUUAUUAUUUUAUUCUUCAUGUGCAAAAAUUGUGGUAAAAAUAAGGGAAAUGAAGAAGAUUUCGCUAAUAAGGAUGAUCUCGAUGGUAAAGAUGAAAAUUCAUCAAGCGAUCCUCAACCAGUAAGAGACCUUUGA